AUGGGAGAAAUAACAGCAGAGCCCUCACGAUUGGCGGGGCCUGCAGCGGAGCCAAGAGCAGUGAGCGCGGCUGUAGCCGAGCUCACUGCGAUGGCAGCGCGAAGCACAUACACAACAGCACUCAGCAGCAGGCACAAAGCCAGCGGAAAUGACAACGGCAGCUACAGAGCCAGUGCUCAUGGCAGCGCAAGGCUAAAUGCCCGCAAAAAUGGCCGUGACAGCCGCCGUCCAAGCGGUAGUGUCAACGGCAAUGGCGACGGCAGCUGCAGAGGCAACAGCAAUGACAGCGAUCAUAUUAGAGCCAGUUGGAAGGCCAGCGGCAGGCACAGAGCCAACAGCGAUAGCUGCGGCAACAGCAGCGGAAACGGUUGUGGCAGCCUUAGAGCGAGCAGCACUGGCAGUAAUAGCAGUCACCUCAGCAGAAGUGGUAGCGGCAGAGCCAACACCAAUGACAGCGACCGCAACAUAGCGAGUCACAGUGACACUGGCAGCCGCAGAGCCAGCGAAAGGAGUAGAGUCGGCAGCAAUGGCAACUGCAAGAGAAGAUCCCGCGCCAAUGGCAUCAACAGAGACCGCGGAAAUGGCAGCGAUAACAUCGCAGGCAGCCGCAAUGGCAGGGGUGGCAGCGCUAACAGUAAAGGCAGGACCAGCCGCAGUGCCAGAAACAAUACCAGUGACGGCAGCAGAGUCAGCAACAACAGCAGCGACACCGGCAGAGCCAGCAGCAGUGGCACCGGAGGCGGCAGAGCCAGCAGCAGUGGCACCGGAGGCGGCAGAGCCAGCAGCAGUGGCACCGGAGGCGGCAGAGCCAGCAGCAGUGGCACCGAUGGCGGCAGAGCCAGCAGCAGUGGCACCGAUGUCGGCAGAGCCAGAAGCAGUGGCACCGGAGGUAGCAGAGCCAGCGGCAGUGGCACCGAAGGCAGCAGAGUCAGCAGCAAUAAAAGCGAACGUGGCAGAGCCAGCAGCAAUGACAGUGAAGGCGGCACAAACAGCAGUAGUGGCAGCGAACGCGGCCGAGCCAGCAGCAAUGGCAGCGAACGCGGCUGA